AUGUCCACGAUGUCCACGAUGUCCACACCUAAAGCACCGGCCCGGGCACUAAUAGUCCCCGCCACCGCCGCUAUCGUCGCCUCCACUGCUCCUUCCCUUGCUCUUCUCGACUCCUCCGGAUCCGGAGCGGCCGCCGCGACCGCCGCCGCCGCCGCCGCCGCGACCGCCUCCGCCGCGGCCACGACUGCUGCUGCGGCCAUGGCCGCCGCCGCGACCACGACCUUGCCCCUGACUCCUACUUGAGUACCGCUCCCUGCGGCCCUCGCUUGCUCUGAGCCCUUCGCCCCUUUUCCUUUCCCCUUCUCCGGCUUGUCCUUGAUCGCCUUGUUUUCGAUCAUUACAUCCUUUAGCACACCGGUCCGCGUCAACUCCUUCGCCUGUCGCAGGUUGUGCUUUGUCAUGGCAUACUCGUCCGAAAGGGCAUCCAGGAAGAGGUGAAGGACGAACGUUUGGUUGACAGUCCUUUCUCGGUUAAGGACUUCACGGUUUGGUUGCGCCAUUUCCUGCCGUUCGGAAAUCACUCAGCCAUUCGUUGAAAUCUUUCGAUUUCCCGCUGAACGGUGGAGAAGGAUACCGUACACUUUGGUACCCCGUCGCUGGGGUUGUUGCUCCGUAUCCAAAGCCAAGAGCAGCACAACGAUCUCCCAUGGCACUACUAUAAUCUUGGUUGUGAGCAGCGGCCACUCUCACCUCUUGGGGGACAAAGCCCCCUGCUUCGCCGCUGUGUCGCCCUGACGGGCCAGACUCUCGAACAGGUUCGCACAGGUACCUCCCGUCCUGCGUACUCCCGGUCCACGGUGCCCCUCCUUCGGCGUUCGUGGACUCCGCGGCGGCGCUCUCCCUGGCAUCGCCGCGAUCAGCGGCACCGUCCAUGGUGCCAGCUGGCUCCUCCUUCUUGCUUGCCGUCAUGGUAUCUUCCACUAGCGACAUUAGCUGGCUCAUCUGAUCCGUCAGCGAGGGCCAGCUCUUCUCUUGACCUCUUUCUAUCUUCCGCCGCAAAGUCGCUGGAGGACUCACCCCCAUCUUUGCGACCUAACAUUUCUAACGGACUCUCCCUUGAGUGACUGACACUAGUGUGUUCGUAUAUGUCCUUUACUUGGAAAUGGAAGACGUUUUAUCUCUUGUAUUUGACACGCAAGGGGAGUAGGGAGAAGUGGAGCCCUCUUUGGAAUUCGAGGGGUCCCCGCACAUGCAACCAUUUCAAGGUGUACAUAUGCCCCAUCUGCGUGCCCUCUGUUGUUGCCGGUAGAUCUAACCAGUCCGUAUCCAAACACACGAACAUCAUCGCCCGCGGACAUCAUGAAAUGGAAGCGCCUGUACCGCUAAUCCCCAUCAUAGAGUGACUUGUUUUCGGAGCCGAAUUACCAUCGUAAGAAACACCCGCGAUAACACGCCUGGACUUUACCAUCGAAAAGGACGAACUACAAUUGCUCAACAAAACACCCACACUCAAGAUUGGAAACGCCUGAACCGCGAAUCCCCUUUCGAAGAUCAUCAUUGUCGUAUCAUCGUAAGCAAAGCUACCAUCACUCUACGAACACCAAAUCAGAAAAUGGAAGCGCCUUAACCGCGAAUCAUCUGUAGAACCUUUCGAUAUCAUUCGUCACAAGCAAAAUCAUUCAAUAUUACCCGCGAGUCUCAACCAGAAAGAAGCGCCCCGCGGCAACAACGCGUUGUUGUUGGCCCUCGUUCAAAAGCACAGCAGAUUUCGCGGUCUCACCCUUGCUCCUCUGCGGCAAUUCCACGUUCACCAGAAUCGCCGUGGCUGCAAUCCUCCAGUUCUCCGGCGCGUACUUUUCCCGCGAUCAACAGGCUCGUGUGCUGUGCCGCCCGCUACUUCACCGCCGACACCACCAUCCCUCUGCUGCCUUGUCAUUGGGUCGGUCCCAACAAGUCGCUCAUGUGUGUGGCCCCGGUUUAUUAUCCUCCAGGCUCCACCUCCUGACACCCCGUUCCGUGUGCCCGGGGCAGUCAACCUACCCCCAGCAGCGCCUCUGCUGGAGGUGCCAACCGCACAGAGAAAGUCGAUGGUCUGGAACCCACCAACCCCACCAUUUGCAGGGACAUCAAACGCCCGCACCGGUUCACCAUCCGUGCCCGAUCUACUGCUGCUCUCUCUUCCAGCGGCGUCAUCUGUUCUAACGCCAGCAGCGUGCAGCUCCGAUAGGCAGCUGCCUGGCGGCGAGAUUCCGACAACCCACCGCAAGAUGCGGCGCGUCUUCCAGCACCGCCUGGUCCCCGUUGGCUUCCGCAAUCUGGCAUUGCCUGCAGCAGCGAUGACAUCUUGUCUAUCACCCCCUGCAUCCAAAAUUCCUACGCAUUGCUUCCCAGCGGGGGGCCAUCGGAUGGGUGACCCGGGGGAUCUACUCCCCGGACUCCACCGGGUGGCACCCCAAACCGUGUGCCGGCGCGGCUCCUCCGCGCCCUACGGCGUUGCCAGCGCCGCUUGACUCCCCCUCUUCUGCCCCCGCCGCCCUGGCAGGCGGCACCUGAAGUUGCCCUAGCUUCUCCAUGACAGCCGACAGCACCUUGCUUUGGUCCUCCAGCCUCAUGGACAGCUCCGUCACGCGCGUGUCGAUCGUGGUUCCGCCGCUAUCGCUCGCUGGGGUAUCGCCAGGAAUAAUAUCUGCAAAGGGGCUCCUUCGAUGGAAACUCUAGAGUAUUCGUCAAUCCUAAGUGGUUAAGGCGUACCAUGCUUCCAAGGCAUGAAACCGACAUUUGCUAGCGGAAAACGCCUAUGCCCACGAGAGCCUCAAGGACGUGGAGGGGCACUCUUCACACGUGCGAAUACGGCAUGAACAGACUACUAGUGCACCUACCUAUGGUUGGCCUUUUCCCUGAAGACGGCAGCUGUGGCCAAGUCUUCACACGGUUCCUUCCGUUGCGUCUUUUGUGUUUUGUGUAGGGCAGGCGGCUACGAGACCCCGGUUUUGUGGGGCUUGAUGCUGGUAUUUUGUUUGUGCGUGGUGUGUCCAGCUGUGGUCGGAAUGCACUACCCGAGACUGUUCGGCUGGUGCUUUCAAGAAGGGUGUGUUCGUUGUGUCGGAGAUAGAUGCGUUCCGAGUAUGAACGCACUCGUUUUCAUGUGUUGCGUGACUGUCCCGUUGCAUUGCGGGAAGUACUCUGAAUAUACGAGCGAGCGAGCUUCGGCUCCCUACCACCGUGGGGUGUAGCUAAGCGUGCCUCGACACGUAUCGUCGAGAUUUUAGCUUUCUGAACCAAAACUGUAGCCGAAGGCUAUCACGAUAUAUACAUGUGGCUCAUGUGUCCGGCGUUGUUGUUGCGACUGUGCUUCAGCCGACAUGCGCGCGCAUGCAUGCGGUUCAAGUAAUGGAGAGAAGGAAUGUAUCACUACAUGUUAGAAAUGUAAGGAGACACCUUAGACAAUCCGGCGACGAAUUUGUGUCGAGGACUCGGUACCCCUCAUUUGUGCCUCUGCUCAAGCCUAAAAGCAAAGGCAACGCCAGGGGUGUGCAAGGUUGAGGAGGGCUCCACCCCUGUCCGUCCCACGAACGAAUCAUCUGUGGUUGCCUAUUUCAUGGUUCAAGAGGUGGCCAUCAUGUAGAUGUUCUUGACCCACCGUACGUUCCGCGAUAGAGGCCGUCAGUUCCUGCCCGGUUGUUCACAUGCUUUCGUGACCGUAUCUCGAACGUUCCUGUAUCCAGCGAGACUACCCCUACCCCCCAAGCGGGGUGCCGGUGCGAGGCAAUGACAUUUUUCGACACUGUUUGGCACCUGUUGUGGGGGGUUGUCGCUUGCAGGCGGAAUGAUCGCUUCUCGGCCGCUUCCAAACG